AUGGGCAGCUGCAAAUCCACCCCUGCUCCUGCUGUCGGCACAGCCUCGGAGGAGCCCUUGGCGAAAAUGUCCCAGAAGGCCGAAAUCGAAGAGAUCGUGGGCUCUCACAAGGUGGUUGUGAUAGCCAAGUCAUGGUGUCCAUUCUGCACCAAGGUGAAUGUUGCCUUCCAGUCCCUGAGCGUCAGUGAUCUCAAGGUCGUCGAAGCCGAUCACCGCCCGGAUGAACUCGACUUCAUGGAGGCCGUCAAGGAGAUCACAGAGAAGAAGUCCGUGCCACAAGUCUUCGUGGGUGGCAAGUUCAUCCCAGGUGGCUGCGACAACAUCAUGGACUUGCGAGAGAAAGGCGAGCUCAAGCCCUUGCUGCAGGAGGCGACUUGCGAAGUGACGGAAUUCAGCUGCUGCACCGUCACCCGCGCCGUGAGCAAGGAAGCCGAUAGGUGCCAGCUCCACAACACUCUCUAUUGCUUUGCGGCGAUCUUCCUGACCUUCCAGCUUCCUGGCCUCUGCCGACGCCUCGGCUUCACCCGCAGCAAGGAAUCGGCAGAAGAGGCCUCCGAAAGCCAGGAGGACUCCGAAGAGGUUAGACGCGUGCUGCGCAUCCUCGCCGGCCUCGCCAUAAUGGCUUUUAUUGCCGCGGAGGUUUACUGCGCCAUUCUGAUUGCAAACGCUACCCAGCGUGCCCUCACAGUGCCGGAAAGAAAUUCCAUGCUGGCCGCAGACGCUUUCCUGGUGCCCUUGGUUGAGAUUUUCCAAUUCCUGGAAGAUGUCGUCGCAGUGAAGAUCAGCGCGGCCAUGGUUACAGGUGAGACUCAUCUGGUUCGGCACAUCUUGAUAAUGGGCGUAGUCGGUGGGAUACUUUGCGGAACUGUCGCUGCAUCAGUAGCCACAGCCAUAUGCAGUUGGCCAGCAGCCAUUCAGUGGAUCUUGGCACCAUAUUCCAUGCACGACUCAUAUUUGCAGUGCCCCUUGGUUCCACAAGGGCCAGCGGCGGUGGAUUCGGCUCGGAUGUAUUGGCUCUUGCAGGUCUGGAGUUGGCCCUUGGGUUUCGCCUGCCGCGCCAUCAAAGGAUUCCUUUUCGGAAGUGGGGACAUUGUGCUGGGCAUGACGGUUUUGGGUUUGGCGAAUGGCAUGGUGUCGAUCGGCGGGAUCUAUCUGUUUUUCCUACCGCAGCCCUCCCUGGACUCGCUGGGCUGGAUCUCUUUUGCCAGCUCUGGCGCUUCGUUUCUGAUUCUACUGGCUAUGUUUGCAGCGCGGCGGGACCUCCGCAAGCGCUACGACCUGCGCAUCACCCGACCGACGCUGGCUUCAUGGUUUAGGGUUUAA